AUGGCUCGUAAGUGGACUCAAUCUUUCCAUAGAGAGCGUAAACUCGUUCUGGUGGAUCAGGUCGCUGAGUCUGGUCUCGCCAAACCGCAGGGCCAGCGACAGCUCGGUGGUAAGGUCCCAUUCAAGCUUGCGCGGACUCGUCAUCACGUUGCCAAAACUGGCAGGGUCCCUGGCAAACCGCAAAACAGUGUGGCCGUCCACGCCCGUGUGUUCGAAGUUGAUGCCGACUUUGGCAUCUUUGGUGACAAUCAGUUGCAACUUGUCGUACCACCGGUUGGUGCAGGUUCCGAUCUGAACACCGUUUUCGAGGCGCGACUCGCCACAAAGGAAGUUCUUGGCCAUGCGUGUGAGGUCAGAGCCGACCUCGACGUUGUCGAGAACCACCACAAACAGCGCCGAGUCGAGGAUCUUGAGGAUUUCUGA